GAAAGCUGGAUGAUCAUGUAUCUAUGACUCCACCUACUAAGCAACAGACCAUGGUUACAGAAAGCAUGAGAGAAGAAGAAACAGAAGAUAAUAAUGAAGAAAAUAAUGAAGAUAUAGAGCUCGAAGGAGAUGAAAAUCAAGAAUUUGAGAGAGACAACAUCUCAGCUCAAAGCACUUUGGGACCCAACAACCAGGACUCUCCCUCAAGCUCAAUUAAUCCUUUAUCUACUAUUGGGAUCAAUCCAAGUCUGGUACAAGUUGCUCAAGAAGAACCAUAUUCUGCUAAAUCUUCACAGGAACCUAUAACAGUACAAGUUGCUCAAGAAGAGUGUAUGGACAUUCGAGAGUUGACAACCAUCAAGAAAGUGUUACAACUCCCACAGUGGCUAAGAGCAAUGCAAGAAGAACUGGAUGCCUUCUACAAGAACAAUACAUGGACUGUAGUGCCUCCCCCCUUAGCUAACACAAACAUUGUGGGAUCUAAAUGGGUAUUCAAAACAAAGUUAAAUCCAGAUGUAAGCGUGGACAGGUGUAAGGCACGCUUAGUGGCAAGAGGAUUUUCACAAGUACCAGGGGUAGAAUUUGAAGAGACAUUCAGUCCAGUGCUCAAACCCACCAUCCUAUGUCAGGCAGACUCUUUUCUAUUUGUUUUUCAUAAUGGACAAGAUACGACUUUGCUUCUCUUAUAUGUGGAUGACAUUGUACUUAUUACAAGCUCUUCAUCUCUACUGCAACAUAUCAUUGAAAAUCUUAACAGUAAGUUUGCUCUCAAGGAUCUAGGCUUUCUAAGCUAUUUCCUAGGUAUUGAGAUUACCUUGUUCCUUGGUGGCAUAUUCUUGUCUCAAGCCAAAUAUGCUAAGGAUAUUCUUACUAGAGCAACGAUGCUUGAAGCCUCCAUGAUUGCGACACCAAUGGCAGUCAAAGAACCACAUAUACCAAGAGAUGAGGAACCUAUUGAUGCUCAAGAAUAUAGGAAAAUUGUGGGUGCUCUAUAGUACUUAACCAUCACCAGAGUUGACCUAUGUUUUGCAGUUAACAAAGUCUGUCAAUUUAUGCAACAACCUACCUUUGCUCACCUUCGUCAAGUUAAACGCAUCUUAUGCUAUAUCAAAGGGACUUUAUGCCAUGGCCUUAGCUUCUACUCCUCUAGUACACUAUCUCUCACUAGGACUGUUCGUACUUCAGAGUAAACAAAAAUGGUGGUGGCUGAUGCUACUGAAGUCUCUGAUGAUAAUUCUGGUUAUGACCGAGUAGCAGAAUUGAGAGCUUUUGAUGACACCAAGGCGGGUGUCAAAGGACUUGUUGAUUCCGGUGUUACCGAAGUUCCCCGGAUAUUCAUUAAGCCACCUGAUCACAAGUCAGAAGAUGCAUCAGAUACCGGAGAAAUCCAACUCAGUAUUCCUAUCGUAAAUCUUGAAGGGAUUGACAAGGAUCCACUGCUACACAAGGAGAUAGUUGACAAAAUUAGAUGUGCUUCAGAGACAUGUGGUUUCUUUCAGGU